AUGUACAGAAGGAAGCUUUCUCGAAAAAAAGUUGGAAAUCGACCUUUGGAUUGGAUCACCUAUCAUACGCUGAAUGAAAUUUAUUAUUGGUUAGAUCAAAUUAUUCAAAAAUUCCCAAAGGUAGUUAAGGGCUUUGAUGUCGGUCGUUCGUACGAAGGCCGCUUAAUAAGGGGCAUUAAACUUUCGUUUAAAAGCGGCAAAAAAGCAAUUUUCAUUGAAUCGAAUAUUCACGCUAGAGAGUGGAUAACAUCAGCUGCUGUCACUUACUUAAUUAAAGAAUUAUUAUUUUCCACUAAUCCUAGUGUACGUAAGAUGGCGGAAAGUGUCGACUGGUGGAUAAUACCGGUAUUAAAUGUGGACGGUUUUGUUUAUGCGCACGAAAAGGAUCGAAUGUGGCGAAAAUCAAGAAAGCCAUCAAGUCCCAAUUGUUUUGGUACCGACCUAAAUCGUAAUUUCGAUUAUCAAUGGGGAGAAGUCGGAGAUAAUACCGAUCCUUGCUCGAUGGUGUAUCCUGGCCCCCACCCAGAGUCCGAACCAGAAAUUGAACAAUUCGUAAAGUUUAUUAAUCAGAAUAUACCAGAAGGUUCUAUUAAAAUUUAUAUUGCUCUACAUUCGGCUGCACAAUUAGUACUUUCACCGUGGAGCCACACCGAAGAUCUUCCCCGGAAUUACAAGGAAAUGAAGUUCGUAGCCGAAGCCUUCAUUCAAGCCUUAUACAAGCGCAACGGGACCGAAUACACUUUCGGCACAAGUGCCAACACAUUAGGCAAAUUCUCUGGUGGAAGCAAAGACUGGGCUUAUGCGGUGAAAGGUAUACCAAUAGCUUUCACUAUCGAAUUACCUGAUAAUGGUGAAUUCGGCUUUGAUUUGCCAGAGCAAAUGAUUUUACCUGCAUGCAAAGAACUUGUAGAUGGAUUUGUGGGAAUGAUUAAAGCCGUUAAACAACUCGGUUAUAUAUAA